UUCUUCCGCUCGGGCGUUCAUUCUCGCAUUACAAAUUUUAUUUUAAUUUUUUUUCUCUUAGGGAAAAAAAAAAAAAAAUCUCAGUAGAAGGAGAAGCCCUGAAGCCGAGGCGAGGGAAGCCAAAAGCAAAUAGAAAUUAUCUUUUUUAUCCUUUUUUUUUUUUUUCUUCUUCUGGUUUUAGUUAACUUAGAUCGAAUCGGAGAAGAACAAGAAGAAGGAAAAAUGGCGCCGCCAGCGGCGGAACGAAGAGAGCAGCAGCAGCCGCAGCAGCAGCAAGGUGGAUUUGGACAGAGCAUCACCGGAAUAAUUAGGAUCGCGGUGUUCUGGUACUUCGCGUCGAAAUUCUUCUCUCCGAAUUCAAAAGGACGCCCUUCCGAUCCAUCUGUUUUGAUGUCGAAUCUGUUUCAAAAGGGAGAGCCUUUGGACAUGUGGCUCUACGUCUCGGAGAAUCACAACUUCACCGAUUUCUCCGACGAAUCUGCUCUUCUCUGGCAGCAGACCAAUAUCCCUUACGCCGUCUGGGGUCCUGAUUCUACGAGAACUCUCUCCGUCAAAUAUCAUCCCUCUCUGCGUCUGAAGCAGAACGGAAGCCUCUACGCUCACGUCUUCUUUGCGCGUUCUGGUUAUCCUCCCGAUCCAAGUGAUCCCGAGUAUCUUCCUCUUGCUACUUUUGGACGCACUCAUCCUAUCGUGACUUACCUUCCCAAGUCCAAAUCCGAUAAGAGGAGGAGCUUGUUGCGGGGGGAUUCCAACUCUAAAGCCUCUGCUGAUGCUAAUGAUAAUCGUCAACCUCACACCCUAACUCAAGUUGCCGAUGACACUGAAGAUGAUGGCCCUGUCACUGUGGAGUGGAUUUCUUAUUGGAAACCCAAUAUUACUAUCAAUUUGGUUGAUGAUUUUACUAGAUAUCCUCCUAAUGCUGUGCCGCCUAACAUUGCUCCUUACUUGAAUGUUGAGCCUAGUUCAGGGAACUAUUACCCAGCCGUUUUUUUCAACGAGUUUUGGUUACUCCGAGAUAAAUUGAUACAGUUAAAUGAAACGGUCACUGAGCUACCCCUUAAUCUGGAGGUGGGUCCCAUAAGCAUGACCAAGUGGCAGCUGUUUUUGCAGAUUGAUCAGUCUUUCCAGAUUCAUCGUAGUUAUGGAAGCAUGCUUGAAGGAGAGGCUGAUGAACUGAAGAGAGUAUUCUUGGAAGGAAAUCCUUACCUCCUGGCAAUCACCAUGGUGGUCUCCCUACUUCAUUCUGUGUUUGACUUCUUGGCUUUCAAGAAUGAUAUACAAUUCUGGAACAAAAAUAAGUCGAUGGAAGGACUCUCAGCAAAGUCUGUUAUUGUGAGCUUCAUAAGUCAGCUAAUAGUGUUCCUGUAUCUACUUGACAAUGAUACAUCUUGGAUGAUACUUGCAAGUUCUGGAAUUGGCUGCUGCAUUGAGUUUUGGAAAAUUGGGAAAGCUAUGCACAUUGAGAUUGAUAGAUCUGGGAAGAUCCCCAUGUUGAGGUUCCGAGACCGUGAGUCUUAUGCCGGAAAUAAGACAAAGGAAUACGAUGACAUUGCAAUGAAGUAUUUGUCCUAUGUGCUCUUUUUCCUUGUUGCGUGUUCCUCUGUUUACUCGCUCAUGUACGAGCGUCAUAAGAGUUGGUAUUCUUGGAUUCUCUCUUCUCUCACGAGCUGUGUUUAUAUGUUUGGCUUCAUAAUGAUGUGUCCCCAACUGUUUAUAAACUAUAAACUCAAGUCUGUGGCCCAUCUUCCCUGGAGGCAGAUGACGUAUAAGUUCCUCAACACAAUCAUUGAUGAUCUAUUUGCUUUUGUCAUAAAAAUGCCAACACUGCAUCGCCUUUCGGUCUUCCGUGAUGAUGUUAUCUUUCUCAUAUAUGUGUACCAAAAAUGGAUCUAUCCAGUGGACAAAAAACGUGUAAAUGAAUUUGGUUUCGGCGGUGAGGAUGAUCAGCCCACCAAUGGGGCAGAUGCCAUUGCCGCUAAGGAAGACGAGAAGAAAACCAACUGAUCUGAUUUUCUUGCAUUUUCGAUCACUUGGAAGUUUUUAACAGGAUAAUGCAAAAACCUAGUUAGGGUCAAAUUAUUUCUCCUCUCCUUGUUCUGCUUUUCACAUUAGAUGUUGCUUUUGUCAAGGUAAAUCAUAUGGGUGUGAUCAACAAAGGCCUUUUUUUAAUGUUUUUGUUACAGUUAAGUCUUUUGCGAACUUUGAUUUCAUAAUGCCAGAUUCUAUUACUUUCGUCUUUU